AUGCGAACAAAGAUCGUCGAACUUGAAGGUUUACUUGAAGCUACUAAGCUUGAGCUCUCCGAUGCCAACAUGAAGUUGAGCCUUGUUAACAAGGAGAAACUCGAAAUGGUGAAGGAAGUAACGGAGGUUAAUUCGGUUGAGCAAACUGCUCUACGAGAGAAAUGUGCCGUGCUGGCUGCCACUGCCCGAACUCUCACCAGCCAGCUUGAAGUUAGGCAGCUCCAGAUCAGCGAAAUAUCUCGUGAGCGAGACAACUUGAGAAAUACAUUUAAGCAAUCUGACACUAAGCUUUCUACUGAGGGAGAAGCAUCCCUUGAGGAGAUGAAACAGCUCCUCGAAGAGGCUAAUGCUGUCAGGGUGAACGACACUACAGAUGACGAUAUGACCAAUGAGUUCUUAGAGCGACUUGCAGAAACAACUGAACGCAGCGCAGAACAUCUUGCCAGAAGAGCUGAGCAUAUGAACCAACAAAAUGAUAUCAUCGAAUCUUUGCAAGAGCGGAUUAGGCACUACGAGCAGUUCUCUGCAGAUCAGGAGGAGAUCAAGGCUAGUAAGGAGAAAGAGACUGAAUUGAUGCAAAUAAUUCACCGACAAGCACGAGAAAUUGCCCUUAUCUCUUCCGCCUGGUAUGACUUCCAGUCGCGGCUACAGAACGGCAAUAUUGUGCUUUCUCGUCACCGUGGUGCAGCCGGUGCAAGUGCACACCAUGCAGAAGCAAACCGCACAUGGCUAGGAAAACAGAGAGCUCUGGUUGUUCCGAAAGCUGGUGGACGGUAG